AUGUAUAAUAUUGGGUUUUGGUCAAAAUCAUUCCUUUAUUACUUUACUUUAUUUAUUUCAGCAUCAUUUGGCGUUGUCUCAUCUGCUGUUUUAUAUUUAUUAGGUAAAUCAAAUAUUAGUCAAUGGUUAACAGCACGUGCUUGUAAUUUAAUAACUUCCCCUGCAAUAAGAGUAAAAAUACAAGUUGAAAAUGAGUUUUUUAUGAAGACUAGACCGUGUGUUUUUAUAUGUAAUCAUCAGAGUGAACUUGAUAUUCUUUUGCUUGGGCGAUUGUUUCCAAAAUAUUGCAGUAUUGUAGCAAAAAAAAGUUUAAAAUUUGUUCCAUUUUUAGGAUGGUUUAUGAUUCUCAGUAAUACUACUUUUAUUGAUAGAAGAAAUCGUGAAAGUGCUAUCAAAACAAUUGAAGAAGCUUGUAAACAGAUUAGGGAUAACAAAGUAAAUGACCUAUUAACUGAUUAUUCUAACAUAAAAAAGCAAAGUGCAUGGAUUUUUGUUGAAGGGACACGAUCUCAGUUCAAAACUCCAGAUCUUCUGCCUUUUAAAAAAGGUGCUUUUCAUUUAGCUAUACAAGCUAGGGUACCAAUUGUUCCUAUUGUAAUUGCAAAUUAUUCUUCUAUUUAUCAUUUAGAAAGUCGCAUCUUUAAAUCAGGAGUAAUCAAAGUAAAAGUUUUGGAACCAAUUGAUACAACAUCUUUUUCACCUUCAGAUAUUGAACAAGUUAUUUUGGAAACACACAAAAAGAUGCUUAAAACUAUAAAGGAAUUACAUCAAUCAUAA